GUGGCUUCACCCCGGGCUUCAUUCAUAAACUCUGCUGCCAUUCGGAUGAAUGUAACGCGCACUGGAGCUCGUGCCAUUGGUGAGCGCUUAUAACAGCAUGCAUUACGGAUAGGCGUCACACACACGCUUUUGGACCAUGAGUGAUGAGUCUCCAUUACAGACCCGCCUCACCACUGACGUUCCUCUGGUGUCGGGCUCUCAGGAGAACUACGUGCUUCUGCUGGUGAUGGUGUGUGUGUUCGCCGGCGGGACGCUGAUGGUUCUGUCCGUUCUGCUGGUCUUCUGUCACCGAUGCUGUCGAGGAGAACGACGAUACUCCAGAGCCAGUGAUGACCUGGAGAAAACCAACACUACAUACGUAGAGGAGAGUCAGCCGACUCAAGACAUCACCAUCAGACUCGAGAGUGGUGAUUCGCUGUCCACUUCCGGUUGUCAUGGCGAUACGAACACGGAUCACUUCCUGUCCGCGUCCCUCACCGGGCGACGGGUCUCUUUCAACGAGGCCGCCAUCUUUGAUCAGAGCGCCAAAGACCAGGAGAAAGGUCGAAGGUACACACUCACAGAAGGAGACUUCCAUCACCUGAAGAAAGCUCGUCUCACACACCUGCACAUCCCGGCGCCGGCGCUGAAGAUCCUCACCAUCAUGGAGUGUGAUUCCCCGGAGAACAGCGUGACGGUCACCGAACAGCCCUCAACACACCCGUCUCUCUCCAUAUUCCAGCCUGCUGAGGGCCCUGUGCCGGAGGCUCCAGGAUUGUGGAUCAGUCAAAGCCCCAGCUGUGCUCUUCCCGGAGACACACUCAACUCCACCCUGAACACCAGCGCUGAACACACCAGCAAACCUCCCCGAUCACACACCAUUGAGGUGAUGAGCAGAAGCCUGCUGAUGGACAGAGAUGUCACUUCCUGUCCAGCUCAGGGAACCGUGUUCCACUUCCUGUCUAAGCUCAGACGCCACGCCAGCCUGGAGGGAGCGGGUCCGUUCUUCAGCGUCAAGAAAUGGAGACUCGACACCGUCCAGAGAGCAGCGAGUCUUGAUAUGAGAGGUUCUCCGCGGAGACGUGUGUUUCAGAGGCAGCGGGCGGCCAGUGAGACUCUGGACCAGGGAGAAGAAAACUUCCAGGGUGGAGUCGAUGACUUUCUGUUGCAAAACCCUCCCGCUCAGCCACAGAUGGAGCCGCCUAGACGCCUCUCGGCCGGUUCUCUGGACGUCAAUGCAGGAGCUCCUCAGGCCCUCAGCAGGUUAGAGGUAGAGGCUGUAAUGGAGCUCCAGCACAACACAGAUGCAGUGACCAAAGACCCGACUCCAGCGUUCCCCUCCUCCCAGGAGAUGGAGGACAGGGAAGAGAUGAUGGCAGGAGCUUCAGGAGAGUUCGGUCCACUGAGUCGUCAGGAGAGUCUAGAUCAGCCCAGCUUAUACCGGGACAUCUGGAGUUUGAGAGCUUCGCUGGAACAGUACGCCUCCUCGGACCUGAGCAGUAACGACAGAGACUCCACUCGCAGCGACGCGGACAGCGUUUGUUCAGCGGGAGCGUCAAGAUCAGGCGUCCCCAAUUACCAGUCGCAAGACAUCGAUGACGACAUGGAUGGGGACGGUGAGCUGCCAUACGACGAUGUGGUCCGGGACGCCGGGUCGAGGAGAAACAGACGGGACAGUGUAGAUUCUGAAGGAGAGACGAACAACCGGAAGCUCCUGCAAAUGGACAGCGGAUACGCCUCAAUCGAGGCUCCUUGCAAGGCUCCCGAGGAACUUAGGCUUUUCGGAAGUGGCUCUGCGAAGACCGCAUCUGAACGCAGACGCUUUUUCACCAAUUCUGGCCGCAAAGGCACAGUUUGCGAGAGUUUUGAGGCACGACUCUUUAAAGAGGAGCUGGAAGACGAGGCGAAAGCUUCCCAAGAAACGCAACCCAGGCCUCGCUUCCGCCGACGAGACUACAGCAUCGAUGAGAAGACCGAGGCGCUGUUCAACAAAUUCCUACGGCAUGAUCCCCAGUUCGACCAGCAGGGGUCACCCUCAUUACGUCACCGUCACCGUUCCCGUAUUCAUCUCCGGAAGCAAUGGCAGCGUAGCAAACAAUACAGCGAUCCUGGAACCGCCCGAUACUCGCCAUCCCUGGAGCGACAGCGCUGCUAUCCGCUACGCAGAGGCGACAGCGCUAACUUCCCCUUGGACACACGCUAUCAUAGCACCUUGCCUCGCAUUGCUAGCGCAGCGGAUGAGGAGGGAAGCGAAGGAGCGGCGGGUACAGAAUCGCCCGAGCCGGAAACAGUCGGACCGGACCGGGAAGGUGCUGGUCCACCCUCGGGUGCUGGAAGUUCUGGUCCAGAUCUGGAGGAAAACGCGAACAACAGCAGCAACAACACAAGCCGGCAUUUCUUUUCCUCACAACCGCUGGAAAACAGUGCGAGGGAUUGUGGGAUACUGGAGGACUUUAGGACAACUGCUAAUCCCGCAGACUCACAUAAACAUUCACGGAUGGAGGUCGUGGACCGCGACGGGCCGCCGAUGAUGACCACAUUUACUUCUCAUUUGCAUUCCCAUACAGACACUCUCAUGCCUGAUUCGGACUACAAGCAUCACACCUAUACUGACACAAGUCCAUCAGACAAACUGGCCUCCAUGCUGGAUGAUCGGAUCUACUCUAAUCUGAGGACUCAAAGAGGAGGUCAGGAGUGUGUUGUGUACGUAAGCCGCACCUCAACGGAUCUUGAAGAAUAAAGUGCUGGCUACACCAAGAAUGAUAACUAUAACCAUAAAGUUGUAAUUAUCGCUAUAACUCUAGGAGAAUAGCAGUCACACCACAACUGUAACGCUAUCGACACAGAGGAACAAUAUUGCUGGAAUCUCUUUCAGAGUUUUUUUGAACAUUGAUAAAAACAUUGACAGCCAAUCAGACUUUAAAGAGCUCGAGCAUUUAAAGCGGCAUACGACAAAACCGCAGCAUGCACUUAUAUUUAACAGAAUGAUAUUGUCUGCUGGUGUGGAUGCCCAUAUAGUCAUCGUUAUAGUUAUCGUUCUUGUACAGAAUAGUUUAGGUCAAGUUUUCAUGAACUCCUUUUCCAGGGUGCUGGUGCUGGGCUACUAACGUCAUCAUCGCGUCCAAAACAACUCCUCAAGCUAACAUCACUGAUGCAAAACAAAACUAAAAUAUAGUUAGCAUUCGUCACAUUGCACAAUGGCCCCCCAUUUGGAAUUUUAUUUGUUUAAAUAACAACUAAUUUAAUAAAUUAUGUUAAAAGAUGUUUUCAAAAAGAAUGGUAAAAGACUGUGAUAGUUUGCAGACAGGUUGUGUGGUAAAGCUUGUCGUUCGGUGCCGGUUUUGAGGAACAAGAGCAAACCUCACAUUGAGACAAGUGACGACAGUG